ACCCAGCCACCACUCCUGAGUGCUCCGUGGCUCCGCCACUCAUCGAUUCACUCUGAAAAGAAGGACAGCUAGGCUGUUAGGUAGCUGCCACCAUGAGUUUAGGCAUCAUGGAAGAAGAGGACCUGGCGGAAUACUUCCGGCUGCAGUAUGGGGAGCGGCUGCUUCAAUUGCUACAGAAGUUUCCAAAUGUUGAGGAGCAAUCGGACUCUCCAUCCAUCCGGCUCCUGGAGAAGAAGAAAGAAGCCAAGAUCAUGCACCAGGCCAUGGAACACAAGAAGCAGACAUUCCAGCGAAGAAUGGAAACACUGAACCUGCGCUGGGAGGAAUUAGGCAUCAAAGAGGAGCAGUUGAAAGCCCAUAUCCAGAAGUUUGAGCAAUUCAUCCAGGAGAAUGACCAGAAACGGAUUCGAGCCCUGAAAAAAGCCAACAAAGAGCGGGAACUGAAAAGGCAGCGCCUGAGGGAGCUGGCCAAGGCCAAGCAGGAUAUGGCCGCCCUGAAGCUGGAGCACCAGAGGCUGAGUGUCAAGCUGCAGGACUAUGCCAUCUUCAACAAGUACCUGGAGAAGGUGGUGGAGAACUCGGAGUUUGAAGAGAUCCACGAGGUGAUUGCCCGUUACAAGACACUGGUGAGCAUGCAUCAUGACCUCAUGCAGUCGGCACAAGAAGGGCAGGAGAAGAUUGAACGCGCCAAGGCAAGGCUGGCCCGCUACAUGGAGGAGAAGGACGAUGAGAUCCUCCAGCACAACAAUGAGCUGGCAAGACUGCAGAUGCGCUUCGACAGGGCCCGCAGUGACGUCAUCUUCUGGGAAUCUCGCUGGGCACACAUCCAGAACACAGCGGCCAAGAAGACCCUCCUGCUUGGCACCAUUAAGAUGGCGACACUGAACCUCUUCCAGAUCGUGAGCAAGCAGCUGAAGGAGACCACGCAGGUGUCCCUGGAGGACACACAUAAACAACUGGACAUGAUCCAGCAGUUUAUACAAGACUUGUCAGACAUCUGGACAGAAGUAAAGAGGAAGGAACAGCAGCAAGUCCGGGUGUAA